GCAGUCAGUGCCCUGCAGUUGGUCACGUGCUGUCAGAACCGCACUCUGCGUUCUCUGCACAGCUAUGGAAGCUGCAUGGUGCGGGGAGAGGGUGCCUUGCGGAGGGCAAACUUCAGUGUGACUUUGGGUCAGAUACCCUAACCGGAGCCUUAGCUCCCUGGGCUCUGAACGGCAUUCUGUGAAGCUGGCUAAUGUGUGCUCAGUGCCUGUUGGGUGUCAGCACACAGUAGGCAGUUCGCUAGUGGUUUGGGUUGCUCAGGUGAGGGAGAUCAGUUACAUUCUUGCUUUAUAAAGGUGAAGUCAUUUGACGGGUGUAAAUAGCUGCCUGUGGCCAGCUGUGUGCCUCAUGCAGGCUCAUGGAGAUGAAGAGGGGCCAGGCAGAUGCUAUAUUGGGGUUUGGAGGGACAGAGGAGCGACCAGAGGGGAGCACAGUCUGAUUCUUGGGGCCAGGAUGAAGCCCUGGGACUUGAAGGUGCCCCGGAGCAUUGGAGGGUUCAAAGCCAUAUGGAAGUGAGACCUAGAGUGGCACAGUUGUGUCCUAGCGGUGGGCACUUCUGGGUGCUUAGUUGGUGAGCCAGGGAGGGGAACGGAGCUGAGUCCUAAUGAUGGGCUGGCGGGUGGCUCUUCCUGUGUCACCCUCAGUUGUGGGUUGAGGCUCAGGCCAAGGUUCCUCGGCAAGUGACAGGCAGAGCUGGCUCAAGGCCCCUUCCCCACCCCUCUUCUUUCUGCUUUGACCUCUGGCAGGUGGAGUGUGAUGAUGCAGCCAGCCAGCUGUGAGAGGACCUUUAGGGAGGCAGCGUUGUGGUUAUGCUGCCCUCUUGCUAUGGGGCAUGGAGUGCUGGACCCACCAACACCCAGGGUGCAUAUGGAACUGGUGUGGCCAGCUGGCAAGGUUAUGAAAACUACAAUUAUUAUGGUGCCCAGAACACCAGCGUCACCACAGCAGCAACCUACAGCUACGGCCCAGCCUCCUGGGAAGCCACCAAGGCUGGUGAUGGCCUGGGGCCUGGGGGCCCUGCCAUACAUAUGGCUUCUUAUGGCCCAGAGCCAUGCACUGACAAUUCUGACUCGCUCAUUGCCAAGAUCAACCAACGUCUAGACAUGAUGUCUAAGGAAGGAGGCAGGGGUGGGAGCAGCACCGGUGGGGAGGGCAUGCAGGACCGGGAGAGUUCCUUCCGCUUCCAGUCAUUUGACUCCUACGACUCCAGGCCUUGUCUGCCUGAGCACAAUCCCUACCGUCCCAGCUAUAGCUACAACUAUGACUUUGACCUGGGACCUGACCGCAAUGGUGGCUUUGGCAGUCAGUACGGUGACUGUCGGGACCCUGCCCGGGAGCCCCGCUCACUCGAUGGCUUCAUGCGGGGCCGGGAUCAGGGCCGCUUUCAGGACCGGAGCAACGCUGGCACCUUUAUGCGCACUGACCCCUUCAUGACAUCAGCGGCCUCCUCCCAACCACUGUCUGCUCCCUGGACAGAAAUGAACUACGUGGGUGGACGGGGCCUGGGAGGCCCCUCUCCCAGCAGGCCCCCACCUUCCCUCUUCUCCCAGUCCAUGGCCCCCCAGUCCAUGGCCCCCAACUAUGGAGUGAUGGGCAUGCAGGGGGCUGGAGGUUAUGACAACUCUGUGCCCUACAGAUGUGGCCAGUCACAGACCCGGAUGAGGGAUCGGCCCAGGUGGAGAGGGUUUGACCGCUGCGGCCCAGAUGGCAUGGGCAGGAAACGGAAGCAGUUGCAAAUCUAUGAUGAGCCGGAUGCCAAACAGGCCCGGGCUGACAGCGAAGGAGAUUUUUCCGAAAAUGAUGAUGGAGCUGGUGACUUCCGGUCAGGAGAUGAAGAAUUCAGGGGAGAGGACGAGUUCUUGGACUCCGGGAGGCAGAGAGAGAAGGAUGACGAGGAUGAUGAAGCGAAGAAGAGGAAGGAAAAGCAAAGGAGAAGAGACAGGUUGAGAGACCGAGCAGCGGACAGGAUUCAAUUUGCCUGUUCCGUGUGCAAAUUUCGUAGCUUUGAAGAUGAAGAAAUCCAGAAGCAUCUGGAAAGCAAAUUUCACAAAGAGACACUGCGGUUUAUAAGCACCAAACUGCCUGACAAGACGGUGGAGUUCCUUCAGGAAUACAUUGUAAACAGGAAUAAGAAGAUUGAGAAGCGACGUCAGGAGCUGAUGGAGAAGGAAAGCACAAAACCAAAACCAGAUCCUUUCAAAGGGAUUGGCCAAGAGCACUUCUUCAAGAAGAUCGAGGCUGCUCACUGCUUGGCUUGCGACAUGCUGAUCCCUGCGCAGCACCAGCUCCUCCAACGGCACCUGCACUCUGUGGAUCACAAUCACAAUCGCCGGUUGGCUGCUGAACAGUUCAAGAAAACAAGUCUCCAUGUGGCUAAGAGUGUUUUGAACAACAGACAUAUAGUGAAGAUGCUGGAAAAAUACCUCAAGGGUGAAGACCCUUUCACCAAUGAAGCCGUUGAUCCAGAAAUCGAAGGAGUUGACAAUUUAGGAGGUGAUGAUAAGGAAGAGACACCUGAGGAGGUGGCCGAAGAAGUGUUAGCCGAGGUGAUUACAGCAGCAGUGAAGGCAGUAGAGGGGGAAGGAGUGCCCACUCCAAAAAGUAUUGAAACACUGGCUGAAGGGGGAGGCCCCAUGGACACUGCAGAGGCUACCAGUGGUCCCCAUCCUGAACAGCCGCUGGAAGCAGACACACACUGUGGAAUGGCAUCCGGGAAGGGGAGCGCUGAAGCAGAGGCCGGAAGUGAGGAGGCCCAGGCUGGAAAUAAGGCUGCAGAGGCUGAAGGUGAAGCAGAAGCAAAAGGCACUGUGACCAUCACUGUUCCGGCCCCAGCUGCCACAGAAGCUGAGGUGGAACAAACUGAUGCAGAGUCCAAAGAUGUUACUCCCACCGAGUGACCCUCCUUUCCCUGUUUCAAGGGAUGUGUCAUGUGACGCAUUGAUCUUUCUUCGGUUUGUAAGUAGUGCUAGGGUGUGUGUUCCUGGAAUAUGCCGAAAACAUCCUGGUGAAGAGACCCAGCUGUUUCCUUCAGAAAAACGUGCCUCGUGGGCUUGUCUUAGAGCUGGGUGGCUUUCCGCCUCGGCUUGGAAGCUACACAAGUACAUUCCCCCAAGCAGCUGUGACCUUCCUAUACUGCAGGUGGAAUAAUAAGAGGUGGGCGCUGAGGUUUUGAUACUUUGCUUGUUAAGAAUGCCCUUCCUUUAUUAUUAUUUUGUCUGGGAGCAGCUCAUUAUUAUUAGGAUAUAUCUUACUUUAUAAAGAUUUGUUUUUUUAAGUUUAAAAA